AAUGUCAGUUAAAGCAAAAAAGAAGGGUGCCCUGAACACCCUGGAACAAUGCAACAUUCAUGACCUAUUUAGUUUGCUCUCCUCCCCUCCAUCAUCACAACAUUCACAUUCACAUAACCAAAAACAAUAACAAAAAAGAAUAAAAAAUCAAAGGAAAGUAAUAAGGAUUGAAAAGAUGUUGCAGAGAGCAGCUAACAAUGCAUAUUCAUGGUGGUGGGCUAGUCAUAUCAGAACAAAGCAGUCUAAAUGGAUGGAUCAAAACCUUCAAGAUAUGGAGCAACAGGUAAAGGCUGUUCUUAAGCUGCUGGACGAAGAAGGAGACUCGUUCGCAAGGAGAGCCGAAAUGUACUACAAAAGGAGGCCCGAAUUGAUCCAUUUUGUGGAAGAAUCCUAUAGAGCUUAUCGAGCCUUAGCUGAAAGAUAUGAUCACUUAUCAACUGAGCUACAAAAUGCUAACAGCACCAUUGCUUCCGUUUUCCCAGAGCAGCUUCAUUUCGCGAUGGAGGACGAAGACGAAUUCGGGUCUCCCAAGUUCUCGAAAAAGCCAUUGGAGAACUCGAAGGGAUAUUCCUAUGUCCCCUAUGUUCCUGAGUACUCGAAAGCCCAUCCAUAUCUUACUGACAACUCCAAAGGCCAUUCCUAUCUCCCCUACGUUCCCCACAACGCCACAGGCAAUAUCGCCUCUGUCCCAAAUGUCCCAAACCCUCUAUUUAAAGAUGCUAAGGGCUCAGUCACAUCAGGCUUCAAGAAAAAGCAACAGAAGAUAAUAUCACCAAAAGGGAGUAUUAGUGUGAUUCCGAAAUCCGGUUUGAGUAUACCCCAAGGACUUGAUGCGAUUCAUAGGCUUCAGAAACGGAUCCUGGCAUUGCAGACCGAGCAAGAGUUCGCUCACAGCACCUACGAGAGUGGGAUGGCCAAGUAUUGGGAAUUAGACAAUGAGAUUCAAGAGAUUCAUAAGCAACUUUGUGGCUUGGAAGAUGAGUUUGGCGAAGGUAAAGCGAUUGCAGAUGAUGAGGCUCGAAUCCUGAUGGAAGUGACCGCUUUGAAAUCUUGUAGAGAUACAUUGGCUCAGCUCGAAGAGAAACAGGAGAGGUCUGCAAUGGAAGCUCAAAUCGAGCAUAAAAGGGUCAAGGUUUCCAGGGAGAAGUUGAACGCCCUCAAGAAAAAGUUCCAUCUCUUGAAUGAAGUCAAUCAAGAAAAGGGUGCUAGCGACAAUGAUGAUAACCAAAAGAGAAAGGAAAUAGAAUCUUUAAAGGGGAAGAUCAAGAAACAGUUUGAGGUUUUCUUUAGUGGAACUUUGAGUGUGACGGAGAUGGCUGAGAAGAUCGAUGAACUCGUGAACAACGUGAUCAACUUAAAAAGCACGGUCACAUCUCAGUCGAUUCUUGUCCAAAGACUACGAAUCGAGAUCGAUGAGCUACAGGGUCAAAUUGAGGUGUUGGAAGAUGAAAAAGCCACAUCGAUUGAUGGGAAAAAUGAUGUGAAAUUGAAGAAGAAGAUAAGGGAAAUGGAGGGGAAGUUGAAUGAGAUUCAGGAUUUGAGCCAGACUGUUGAAGAUAAAAACAACAAUCUCCAAAUCUAUUUCACUGAAGCAAAUUGUAGUAUUGAUCAUAUUUCCGAGAAAUUUGAUCGUAUGAUGCCAUUGCCAGAUGACAAGGUCGAUGAAGUAGAGAAGAGCUCAUCCAUGGAAGUCAAAUCAUCAAAUGAGAAGGAGACCAAAACAGGAAUUGAGCUUGAAACAACAACAACAACAACAACAGGAACUGUCAUGGUGUCUACUUCAUUGCAAGGGAAGGACACCGAAGCCGCAAAAGAGCAUGAAUCUGAUGCAACUUGUACAAAUGGAGGGGUUAUUAGCCAUGAAACUUCAAUGGCUUCGGAGAAAUGUGAAGACUCGACAGCGCGAGUUUCUUCACUGACAGUGAACACCAUUGCCAAAGUUGGAAUAGAAGGGGAUGAGCCAAACUCGAAGCAGUUGCUGUCGAAAGGUAUUGAAGACAAAGCGAAGGAUAUAUUGAUGGAAUACAGUUUGAAGCUUCGAAACCAGGAUAAGGAUACAGAGAAGAAGCUGAAGGAAGCUGAGGCAAAUAACCAAAAUGGGAUGUUUGACAUAAUGUCGCAGCUGAAAGAACUUAAAGAGAGUAAUGCCAUGAAAGAUGAAUUAAUCCGAUCCUUACAAGAGAAACUAAGCCAAACAGGUGUUGGUGAAGCAAGUUCAGUGAUUUCUGAGAAAAUAGUGGUUAUCGAAACUCAGCCUGCAGAAAGCCGAGUAAACGGAGGCUUCGAUGUGAUCGAUGCGGUGAUGCAAAUUGCCAAGUCGGGAACUACUUCAGAAAUCGAAGAUAAGUUCCGGGCGGACAUCGAUGAACUACUUGAAGAGAACUUGGAUUUCUGGUACAGAUUCAGUACUACAUUCCAAGAGGUGAACAAGUUUGAAGAACAAGUGAAAGAUUUAUCGGCGGAGGUAUUGGAAAUCGAGGAAAGACGAAAGGAAAGCGGAGAUAACAAUGAAAACAGUGUGAAAUAUGCGCCGCAAUCAGACGCGCGGCCACUGUACAAACAUCUGAGAGAGGUGCAGAAGGAGUUGAGAGUGUGGAUGGAAAAGGGUGUAAUGCUAAAAGAAGAACUGAAGGAGCGGUUCUCGUCAUUGUGUGAGAUCCAAGAAGAAAUAACAAGGGCUCUGAAAGCAAGUGCUGAAGAUGAUGAGUUCAAGUUCACAAGCGACCAAGCAGCCAAAUUCCAAGGCGAGAUAUUGAACAUGAAACAAGAGAACGUCCGAGUUGCAAUCGAAGUGCAAGCUGGUCUGAACAAUGUAACAAAAUUGCAGCUUGAAGUUGAGAGGAACCAUGCAAGAUUGAGUGAAAAAUGGGGAAUUUCGGGGUCUAAGAACCGCCAAAGUGGCCAACUGCAAUGCUCCGAAAGGCGGUCUAGAGUUCCGUUGAGCGCAUUCCUCUUCGGCGGCAAACCGAAGAAGCAAAGGAUAUCCAUCUUGCGUCGGAUGAACAAUGGUUUAAUGAGAUCAGUCAAUAGUAGCAAAUACUAGAUAUUAAUUUAAGUAAAUUGAUCAUUGCUUUAUGCUUGUAUUAGCUUUCUACUAUUAAGUUCUUCAUUAUUAAUAUUUGCUUUUACUGGCAUUGCAUUUAAGAGCUAAUGAAAUUAACUUUAAACGAUCAA